GAGGUGGGGUGAGGAGAAAGACGAGACGAGGGGGGAUGGAAACGAGAGAGAAUCGCGCCGAAAGACGAGUUACUAGAGUCCGACGAGGACGGAGAGCGUCGGGCCGACGAAGACGACAAAGUCAGACCAACGCCGCCCGAGCGAGACCGAAUCCAGCCGAGGGCAGGCAGCGCCGUUGGCGUAGUAACGUGUCGUGGCUCGUACGCGCUGCCUCGCUCGCCUGCCUGUCUGCCUGCCUGCCUGCCUGCCUGCCUGGCUGCCUGCCUGCCUGACUCACUGUCCGUGCGAGGCCACGACUGUGUGCGGCCCGCUCUCUGCGUGGCGCGUCGAGUCGCCGCGCGAGGGGCGACACGCUUGUGUGCGUCUGUGGAUGGGGGUCCCGGCCCGGCUCUCGGCCCGUCCCGUCCCGUGGAGUAUCGCACCGCUCGCCACCCGCUAUCCACAGCAGUUUCAGCCCGCUUGCCAGUGUCCCACCGCACGCCGAACCGUUUGCACUCAGAAGCGAUCAGGGAGCCCUUCUCUCCCUCGACGUCCCCCUUCGAGAAAGAGGCGCGCGCGCGCGUUUCCACCCCGACGGGUACCCUGCUGCACACCGACUUCGUAUCUUCCUCGCUGUCUCGUCUCCGUUACGCUGGUUCCUCUUCGUUCCUCACCGUCCGCCUUCCUCUUCUUUUUCUUUGGGCAGUUUCUCGGUGCUUCUCUUCGCCGUCAGUCAUACGCCUUGCCUCCUUCUCGCGCCAAGGCGCUCCCUCUUCGUUCCGUCGGCGUGUUUAACUCCCGCCGUCCCACCACGCGCCCCCCACCACCGUUCUGUCCCGUUCGCUCGGCUCCUUUCGUUCCCAGUCGUUCUCUCUCGCUCCACGGGUAGCGCCGGUGUGUACUCCCGCUGUCACCUGAUCGCGGGACGCUUUUCGCGGGUGAGAUACCGCUCGGCCACCGAGUCAACCGAGUCUGCCGCCGCCGCCGCCGCUCGGUUUCCCUCCCACCCUCCCGCGCUGGCUCCUUCGGCAUCUGCUCCUGCUCUCCCUUUUCCUCCUUCGUUCCACGGGAGCGCCCGCGCUCUUUCCUUUGCGUCUCGCGCGGACACGUCGCGCUGCUCUCUUCCUAUACUCGGCUCGUUGCCGCCGCGCGACGUCGAACGUGUGCGCGGCUAGCUGGUGGUUUUCGAGAGGGAACGAGAAGAAAAGGAAAAGGAAGACGAAAGAGUUGGGAGGGAAGACAGAGAGGGAAACGGAGUAGCAGUGCGCGCCACCGACAUCGUCCGACCGCGACUGGCUCGCCCGAUCUCUCGCCUCUUCUUCCUCCUUUCACGGAUCUUCGUGCACGUCUUCUGAAGCCGACUGGGAGAGGGAGGUGACACUUUCGGAACGUGGACACGCGGCACGCACGGAUCGUCACGCUGGAUACGUGAGGAUUCAGAAUUCUGCUGGCUACCGUGCUCUUCUACAGACUCCUCCGCGAGAGUUGGCUGAUUUUCGUCUUCAACCCGGAAGCGACUACGACGACAGCCCCGUCGGAGCAUCGGGAACCUGGGAGCAUCAGUGUGUGUGCCUCAGUGUCUGCCGGGUAUUCCUCUCGGUGUGUGUAUGUGUGUGUGUGUACACGUUGCCAGGAUAAUGCUGUCGGUGGUCGACGGUUUCGGUGAUCGACGACGAUUCAGUCGGUGAACUAGUGACAGUGGUGAAAUCGAUCGACAGAGAAACCGGCUAGCAGCGCCCGUCCUAAAUAUAGCCAGGAAUAAUGGCCAGCGCGACAAUGGGUCUCCGUCGCAGAGUGCAGGUGAACAAUUCACCAACCCCGUCGGGUCAAUCUAGCGUGUCCAGCAAGCGUUCCAGGUCUGAGAACAACAACAGUCCGUCCCACGGCAAUCUGAACUCGAUGAACACCACCCGGGACGAGCCACCUACGAAAAAAUCCCGUGGGACGUCCACCAACGCCACGAAGGCGGCGUCCGCGUCUUCGUCGUCCCCUGACGUCAGUCCCACGUCGAAAGGCCGGUCGGUGUCGAGGUCCAAUGCGCAGUCGAAGGCGUCAGCAGCGGAGAGCAACGGGGUCCUGCCAACCUGGACGACCGCAUCGAACAUGCCCGACAUGUCUACGUACGCUUCGGUGGCUGGACUGAACAUGCCUCCUGGUUCGGCGGCUGGUUUGUGCCCCGGCGGGCUCAGUAUGCCCACCCCGAUACCAUACAUGUCCUCGUCUAUGGCGACGUUUGUUGGAACCGCAACCAACCUCGGCAAGAGCUCUUCGGUAUCAUACUUGGACAUCUCCAACAUGACCGGAGGUUCGUUGAGCUCGAACGGAUCCGGCAGCCUCAGUUCGGGCUACGUGUCCGCUAAUGGGACCGCGGGCAGCGCGAUGGACUCUAAGAGCGUGCCCAUGCCCUUUCCUGGGAUAACUUCUACGGUGAACGGGACUGAGUACGGCAUGCAGAAGGGCCAAGCAGAAGGCGCGAGUCUGCCCAAAAAGUUCCAAAACGACGGGAUGUUUAACGCGUAUCAACCAUGGGUGAUCAAAACCUACGGGGACCUGGCAAAGACCAAAACGAUCACGAUCACUAAGUACGCGCGUAUACUGAGAACACUCAGAGGUGAGGAAGUGAAUAGUGCGGAGAACAGUAAGUUUCGAUUUUGGGUGAAGAGCAAGGGCUUCCACAUCGGCCAGCCGGAAGGAUACGACGCGAAACCGGCGGACAGGAUUAUCGGCCGUCAUGCAGUGACGAGUCCUGGAUUGGAUCCUCCGCUGUACGUGCCCACGCAGCUGCCCCACAACAAGGCAUUAAAUGGCGCCGAGGGCACGGUUCCACCCGGUAGAGUGUACAAGAAGGUUGCAAUCGUGGAGAACUUUUUCGACAUCAUCCAUGCUGUCCACGUUGAUCUCGAGGGUCGUCCAGGAAAGCAUGCAGGUCAGAAGAGGACGUACAGGACGAUCACGGAAACGUACGGCUUUCUUCCACGCGAGGCGGUAACGCGAUUUCUGCUGGGCUGCACGGAAUGCCAACGACGCCCGCGGACCCCGAGCCCGACGAAUUUAUCCACCCAGGCGCAGUCUACGACGACGACACCGAUAACGACGACGACGACGACGACGACGACGUCGUUGAGCCCUAACGCGGGCGCCGCCCUCACGACGACGACGACGGCGUCAGUGCAAAGUAGUUCUAAGCCGCGCGAGGGACAUCAGCCCGGUGACAGCAAGGGUCUGUACAGCUAUAGGCAUCACAAGCAUCACAAGGGGAGCGGGUCGAUAGAUAAAACCGAUAAGGAGAAGGAGGAGAAGUACAAUCCCUUGAGUAUCACGAAUCUGCUGAAGAAGGAGCCAGUCGCUGGGAGUUUUUUACCGAGCACGGAAACCUUACCCGAGUCCAGGCGAACCCCGGAGUCGGAUCGAGCGAGCUCGAGAAGUUCGGCCUCGUCGAAGAGGAAAAGGAUGUUGCCAGAGGGGCGAACGCCAUCCCCUCAGCCCAGCCAGCCGUUGCCAAGGCCGUGGAGUCCUGGACUCGAUCCCAAGAACACGCCCAUCGACUACAGUCUUCCCAUCACUACCUCGUACCUGAAGCAUCAGCAGAGGCUACUGCAGGCGGAAAAAAACAAGGCCGCCGCGCUCAAGGAGGCUGAGUACGAGCAGAAAGUCACCGUCUUGCCCGCGGAGGACAUCGACACAGUCGAGAGGGACAGAUACUCGCCAGCCACCGGAUUGAUCGACACCAAUCUCAAUCUACUGGCCACCAUUCAGCACCUGCACUGCCAAGUGAUGCUGGCUCUCACCGAGAGGCUGAGACCCUCCAUGACGAUGCCAAGCCCCCUCGUUCUGCCUUCGAUGACCAACGUACUCUCGAACGGCAUAUUGAUGGGCUCGGAGGUGUCAGUGCAGACCGGGGAACAUCACACGUGAAAGACGUUACUCUACGAAGAGUACCAGAAGAUCGGAACGACCAAUUGACUCCUGUUUGAGAACGCGUGUCGCGGAUAUGCUUGCUUCUAACAAGAACGGACACACGGGUGGACGCAACGUCCUGACCUGUUGCUUUAAAAAAAUCGGACUAAACGGUGGCAUACUGGAUGUACUUUGACCCUAACACAGCAAGUUCCCAACGUUUUUCGACGGGGGACUCUGCGGGAAACAGAACUAUCUAGACCGCAUCUACCUUAAUUUUUGAUAUUUAAUAAAUUAUUCCUUUCUCAAAUAUCGUUGGAACUUUUACUCGAGACUCUGGAGGAUAAUGAAAUUCGGUCCCGACUGCGAACCUCGACCACGGUCUUCGAAGGCAACGAUAGCGCGGCCAAUAUCCGAUCCGAGCUGCCAUUCGUGUUAUCGGGUAACGCUAUCAUCUAUUAAACCGGAUAAGAUCAAUUACUUCAGCGGCGUCCUGGCGUCACGUCAGUUAACCGACCGCGCCGGUUCGGAUCGUUGCGCGCUCCCGAUAUAGACGGUGAAACGAAACGAAUUAUUCGUGAGUCUGUCAAAAUAUGGGUCAACCGUCGCACGUCACCGAUUUGCAGAGGAGCGCUGCAACCGCAAACCGGGGAGCGUUCGAUAUUUAGAGAUUCGGUCGCGAGACAGGCUCUGAAAUGGUCGACGGGUUCGACAAAGGCGAUCGUUGUGCCAGGACAGCUCCUGAAUAGAACGGGCAAGAUUUUAGCCCAGCGCAUUGCCUCGUGACCCGCGGCCAUUGUGGAUUCUCGAUCAUUGACUGAUAGGUCGCGAAAGGUCAUUUAUUUUUUUUUCAAUUUGCGUGCGAUGCCCAGAAAAUAAGUAAUUAUCGGAUCUAUGUUUAGGAUUGGCCCGUUGGUUUUUGUAAAUUUAAUUUCGAUCGCGGUCCAGAUGUAUUCGUGGACGUAGCUCAACAAGUUCGAUAAGAUCCCUGAGGUGGUGAUUUGAAUGAGAGAAGUCUAGGCCUAUAAAGUAGCGCCAUUUGAAGAAGGUUAGAAGAUCAUGGAGAAGUUAAAAGGGACUCUGAGUCCAGGAACCUUGUUUACCUUGUUGGGCUAUAGUUCUCGCUUUCAAGAUUGAAUUUUUGCCCCCGAUUCAAGAGCCAGGACCACCCAACUUUGCGUGUACGUAAUAUGAGUGAAGAUGAAUCUCGGUUCGAGAGAAAAGUUGCUUCCUCGCUUCCAUGUUGAACUGGCCCCGAUUUUCUCGCUUGGAAACCGGGACUUGCUAUACUUUAUACUUCCCAGGACUUCGUUACUCCUGUGUCGCGAUCGCUGUGCGCACAAUUACGCUUAAUCCCGAUUGCGGAAUUGAUUUUUUACGGCGUCGUGUUGGGUAUUCCGAUGCAACGAUACCGGUGUCUGAACAGUACGUUGUUGUUCGACGUUGAACAAACGUUUCCAAAUAAGUGGGGCCUCGUUCGAUACGAAUGUUAUUAUACCAAAGGCAUUGCGAGGCACAAAAUUCUCGCGACGACCAUAUUUUCGGAACCUGACCGUAUCGUUUUAUCGAUGUUCGAGCUAUCGUCGCGAACGUGCCGCGCUCGUUCCGUCGACAAACUUUUUCGUAUUUGACCGUGUAGUCUAGCCUUGUGUAUGAUAUUAAACCUAGAGGUAGUUUUUCGUGUAUCAUAUAGCAUGUCGUUAGCCGGUGAACCUCAAGGACAACAAGGUACAUAAUAGCCCUUAAGGUGUGAUCACACGGACGUGUUUGUACUAUUAGAAGUUUGAUAAUCGUUGUGAAAGUAGCCGCAGAUGUUGAGAACACUCGUGAGAGUUUCGAAUAGCACCGAACCCUAUUAUUUUGUACAUAAAAUCGUUGUAACAUAGCGCAGUUAGUUAUUAAGGGUAAAACGCGCGACUAUAUUAUUACGAAUAAUAUUUACUAUUAUUAUUAUUAUUUUUAUUAAUAUUAUUAUUAUUAAUAUUAUUAUUAUGAUCACUGUGACAGUUAUCUAUAUAAUUAUUAUUAAUUAUUAUUUUAUUAUAUUAAAACUGCACACGAAUCAGAUGGGAAAAUAUAUGAGAUCACAAAAUCUG